AUUUGUUUACAGGGCGUUAAAAUGUACCGAGUACAGGUCAGAGUAAUCAGGUGCAUUUUCCAACGUUAUUCUAUGUCAACGAAGAAAUAGAGAAGGAGAAAGCUACUACGUUAGGAAGAAGCUACUAAGCAACUCUACGAUCCCUUUGUCUACCGUCGACUUUACAACGAUAGUCGUAAAUGUAGUAUGUACACGCUCGUUACACGAUCGCGUUCACGAGACAGACCGAAUCGAUCGAUAUCGUUGCCACCAGCAAUAGCAGCAUCAGCAGCAGCAGCAGCAGCAGCAGUAACAUAACAACAGCAACGUACCAUCGAGAUUCAUCUGCGGCAUGAAGGUGAUCGAUAACCGCGAAUGGACGUGCCAAGGAAUUUCCGUGGCUUAUCAGAGCAACAGCUGGAGGCGUGCCGCCGACUUCUUUGCUGUGUGGAGAGGGUGUGCAGAAGCGGAAAUACGAUCGACGAGAACGAACAUAAGAUCAAUCGUGGUCGACGAGGCGCACAAGCGGGCCCCGAACUGGAGGGGCCCUCCGGUGCCGAAGAUGGCAUCCUUCCCAUCACCGUUAGCCCUAGUCCUGCCUCGACCUCUUCGCAGGAGGAUGCCUGCAAACCACCGCCACGCAAUUGCUAUCGCCUCGUCAUGCUCGGCAGCGCCAGGGUCGGCAAGACCGCCAUUGUAGCACGAUUUUUAUCCAACAAGUUCGAAGAGAGUUACACCCCUACGAUCGAGGAUUUCCACAGGAAGCUUUAUAGAAUCAGGGGCGAAGUGCAUCAACUUGAUCUCUUGGACACCAGCGGAAACCAUCCCUUUCCUGCCAUGCGACGAUUAUCCUUCCUAACCGGAGAUUUGUUUGUGGUGGUAUUUAGUAUGGACUGCCGAGAAUCUUUCGAGGAGGCGAUCAGAUUGCGAGAGGCGAUCAUCGAGACGAAGAUGAGCGCAGCCCAAGGAGCGACCAAAAGUAGAAGCAAGAGUCAUUAUAGUUUGAAAGUUCCCAUGGUCAUUGUUGGAAAUAAAUGCGACAAGGAUACAAAAAGCGUCACGAUCGAGGAAGCCGAGGAAUAUUGCGCGAGCCAGGACGAGUGUUGCGUUUUCGUCGAAGUUUCCGCUAAACGGAAUUAUCACGUGGACGAACUUUUCUAUCAACUUUUCGUCGUGGCCGGUUUACCAUUAGAAAUGGCACCGAAUCAUCAUAGAAAAGUUCCUCUUACCUUUGGCUCACCUACCAUGCUACCGCCCUCGCAGCCAAAACACAAGGCAACUCUGAGCAUAAAGCGUCGAUUAAGCGACGCCUGCGGCGUCGUGGCGCCUAACGUGCGACGGCCCAGCAUAAGGACGGACCUGAUGAUCAUGCGAACGAAAACGUGCUCGCUCGCGGCUGGAAACGAAAACAACACACCUGGAUCGAGGAUCAUUUUGAGAUCGUCCGAAGUCGGCAGAACCUGUUCUAUACAGUGAUAUUCGCGCGAAAUUAAUCCAAAUUACGAAUCGAAAUUUCGUCGGAAAAAAGGGAUAAGAGGAAAGCUUUCAAAUAAAGAACGAUCGCUUAACGAGAAAGAAUAUUCGCAAAUUAUAAAUAAUAAUAAAAAAAGAAAAAAGAAAUCAAUAUAAAACGAAAGGAAAACCGACCACGCUGCUCGCCUUAAUUAAUUAAAGCACUAGUGUAUUUAACGUAGUGUGUCGAAGGUAAUACUAUGCCUGAUUGAAAUAAUAAUGAGCACGCCAAAAAAAAAAGAAAAAGCAUGAAGAGAAAAAAGAAAAAAGAAGGAGAGAGAGAGAAAGAGAGAGAGAGAGAGAGAGAAAGGAACAAACGGAAUAUUUCGUCUCUUUUGAUGGGAGAAAGCGAGAUAAGCCGAAGAAAAGCAUUUGAGAAAGUAAGUACGUUUUCUCACGAGAGAGAGAGAGAGAGAGAGAGAGAGAGAGAGAGAGAGAGAGAGCAGGGGAGAAUCGCUUUGUAAUUCGAAGAAGUUUAAGAGCGCACUUUGUAUUAUUUUAAUUAAAUCAUGAUCUUCGAAUAGAAGUGAAAAAGAUGAAAGGCAAAGAAAUCGGCAAGUCGAAAAUGUUUCUUAAUUUUAUUUCGGAAGAAGAAUAAGGAAAAGUAAAUGUAUUCGAGAGGAAUUUCUUUUUACUAUAGACGUCAGCCCGACGUGAACCAAUUACCGUAUACGUGUAAAUAAAUAACGAUAAUGAAUAUAAUAAUACAUACACGGUGGAUUAACAUUCGCGAUAGAACCGAGAAUGGGCUCAUGACUAUUUCAAGAGAAAUCGUCCCCUUCUCAAUUGUACUACGAUUGCCGAGCCACUCUGUAUAUUAACACGAAAGUAACACAUCAUACACGUCACGCACUGCGUCAAAUAUUUCAAACACGCGCAUAUACACACACGCGCGCGCGCGCGCACACACACACACACACACGCACACAUGCACACACACUCACACACACAAAGAGAUACGAGCACGCACACACGCGUAUAAAGGAUUUUUCCUAGAUAGCCACCACCGCGCAAGUAUUUUACUCGACGCAAGAAAAUUUGCACUCUUUGUUCGUCGCGCAGAAAAAAAUGGCCAAAGAUAUUUCGAUUAGAAGGGAUUAAAUAACAAUUAGGAAUACAUUAGAAAUAUCCGCUUCGAAUAAAUACGAAUGAUAAAAUUCGUAUUCGAUUCGUUUCAAUUACGUUGUAAUCUCAAUCUUGCUCUACUAUAAAUAUACGUUCCCUUUCGUCCCUUUCUAUCCGUUCAACGUAAGUAUCUUACGUUUCGUUUCAUCGUCGUAACGCUCGACUCUCGUACUUUCGCAUCUGCAUCCGUAAUUUUAUGGAGAUCCACGAGGCAUAGAAUAUGGUUUGUAUUAUUCUGUGUUAACAUAUAACAAAUCUAAUAUUAAAAGCAAACGUUUUAAUGGUUUCAUAUAAUCGACACAUAUUUGUGAGAAAAAGAAAUAAGAUAACUUGGAUCAUCUGGUAAAAUCGGAGAUUUUUCUACACAUUAUAAAAAUGAUUAAAGAUAUUAAAUGCGUUAACAGUUUCUCUUUUAGCGAUAAGAAAAAUCCAAAAAGAUCCGUAUAAACUUGAGAUACAUAUUCUCUCGAUUAAAAAUAUCCAACGUUUUAUUAUACAUAGGAAUAAAUAUGAUCGAGAAAAGAAAGAACGAUUUACCUUAUAGAUCCAAGAUACUUGUUAUCUAUUCUGCUUACUGUAUACACGUACAUAUCUUGCAUUUAUGUGUAUGUCGCAAGAAAACUUUUUCGAUUCUCAGAUUCGAUCCGUGUACGAGUUUGAGAAAAGAACAGAAGAAAAAAAGGGAAGACAAGAAUAAGAUAUGAUCGAUCGCGAUCGUCCGCGUGAGUGCUUGCAUUUUGUAUGAAAUAAAAACAUUUUCUCCAAGACCAUUCA